UAGUUGGUUAGGUUAUCAAACUUGUUUUGAGGAUAUCGAAAGUACGUUUUACCCGACAAAAUAAAUCGCUGAAGGCGGCAUACCUUAAUGUCAAACAUAUUAAUUGCUACAUGUGGUGAUUGUGAAAGUAUAGACUUUACAAUGAACAACAGGCGGGGGCCAAUCUGUUUAGGGGAAACAUUAUAUGAACAAAUGAUUCACAACUCGAACUUGUGUGAUGUCACAUUGGAAUUUUGCGGAGUGGUUCGUCGAGCUCAUUGGUGCGUGCUAGUGAACUAUCCGUUCUUUGAGGCUAUGUAUCGUUCCGGUUUAAAAGAGACACGGGAAGGAGUCAUUCGCAUAAGCGAAGGUAAUUACGAAGCUAUUCAAGCAGCUAUCCAUUUUAUGUACACGGGCAAUGUGCGACUUGAUUGCGGGUUAUUGAGCGAGGUUCUACACGUGGCCGAUUAUCUCCAAAUAAGCAAUCUCGUUAAGUUAUGUGAACAGUGUCUUCUCACAUUGAAAACUCCAAAUACCUGCGUCGACACGUACUUACUUUCUAGACAGUACUGUUUAACGAUACACGAAGAAUUGGUUUUGUACAUCAUAAAUAAUCUCGCGGAGGUUAUUCAAUACCCGCCAAAUGGGCAAAUCUUGACACUCAACAUGAUACAAGAAAUACUGCUGCACGAAUCAGCUUAUGAUGUUCCUCAGGAAGUGUUAUAUCAAUUUUACCGCAAAUGGUUUGCGUACGAUGUCAACUGUCGCAAAGGAGACUUCGAAGAUCUGUUUUGCUCUCUGAACCUUCAGGACACUAGUCACAGUUUUUUUAAAAGUUUAGAAUGUGAUUAUAUCCAGACGUUGAAACGGUGUAGAGACCAUUAUUACAAAGCGAAACGUGAGUACAUGGGAAACCGCCUGAAGCAUUCAAAUGAGAUCGUCCGUGUCAUUAUCGUUGUUGGCGAAAUCGAACUUAGUGUAAACAACAUUGUAAAAAACAAGCGCAACGUAUUUGCAUGUGAGAUUGGAUCAGCCAAAUGGUCUAAUCUCGCGUUUUUUCCGCGCGAUCUUGACUGGUAUGAGAAAUACAUUGUCGAGACAGACGGCACAGCUUUGUAUGUCAUGGCAAAUCAUUAUUAUGAUUUUUACGACACACAUCUAAAAAUUCAUAAAUUUUAUUUUGAGGCAAAAUGCUGGUCUACCUUAAAAUUCCCAAUAAAGGCAAGUUACUCAAAGCAGCUUCGAUUUUGCAGUCUUGUGUGUGUAAACCAAAGAAUGUUUGCUGCAGCAAAGUCACGAUUGCAUUGGCAACAGCCAAACGCUUUGCAGCUGUUUGAACUUGACGAGAUUAACCAGUGUUGUCAUCCAACUUUAACAGUACAUGGAAAAUCAAACAAACUAAAGGACGUUAAAAUAUGUGCGGUUGAAACUAGAUUCGUUUUUGUCAAGUGCCUUUUUCUGAAUCGACGUCCAUUUGGAACAGACAAAGUACACAAAAUGGCAUUGCUAGAUACAUAUACCGGUAAAACAAAACGUUUUUCAACUGUUACACAAGCUGUUCACGACGAAGCUGGCGUCCUUGAAAUGGAAGAAUUGAUAUUUCCAUCCCAAAACAACGUUAUUAUUUCAAAGGUGGACUGUCAUUAUUACAAAGUACUGAAUGUAGUAAAUGGCAAAAUUUCAACCGUAAACGAACGCCUCCUUCCUAGAGAACUCUUUUAUGCUAGUGACCAAGAUGCUGAGCAAGAAACCGACCUAGACAUUCAGAUCGGAUGUGGACCAAAUGCAGUUUCUGUUUUCGACAUAACCAAUGAACGAUUCAACGUCUUUGAUUUUGAUGCGCGAGCACUGUUUGAUGUUCCGCCACUUCCGCACAAAAUAAUUAAAUCUACCAACGUUCAUUGUGACAUGAAAUCUAAAUUUGUGAAGUGUCCUAUCGACUGUCCUCACUGUUUAUAUGAAUUACGUGCAGCCAUGUGACCUAUCUGAGUCGACUAAAUAUGUGUUAGACUAAUACUAAUAUCAACCAAGAUUGAAGAUCGUUCAAUACAGUUGAUUUCUUUUUCAUAUAUUCGAAUAAAUAAGACACACUUUAUAAUUACAUUUGCGUCUUAGACAUCUUGGUAUCAAUCAUUAAUGAAGUAUAUAUACACUGGAAUUAUUUUUAAUAAAAGAAACACACGUG